GAAGAAGAAGAAGAAGAAGAAGGGCGUGGUCACGUGAUGAACCCUGAACUGCAGCCACGUCGCUAGGAGAAUCGGGAAGCUUUCCAUUCACUCCACUUCCCUGCUAGCUUCUUCUUCAACAACUGCAAGUAAGUGAAAUAAAAACAAUUGAUCAGUUUAGUAAGUAUUUCGAAAUGAAUAGCCUGUAGUCUAUUUAUCUUGUAACAAGUAAAUUACACUGCGCGCAUGUUGCAUAUCAGUCUGUCAGAGGAGCUCAAUUAUGUUUCUGCAUUAGCUAGCGAGCUAGCUAGCUAAUGUUAGUUGACAUCAAUGUUCAGCACAGAUACACCUUUGCCCCGUAAAGUAUGCCCUAGUAGGGCCUAGAUUUAUGGUGUAUUAACGACGAAUGCAUGAUGAACAUGUUUUCUCAGUCACCUCAUUAAAUUGACAGAUCAAAUAUUGUAAUAGUGUUUAGAAAGCUAUAUGGCAGUCAUCGUUAUUAUUGUAAGGUGUUCAGAAUGAAUAUCAGGUCAUGAUGAUUCUUUGUGGUUCCUAAAAUGUUUAGCCCCUUCUUGAAGACUAUAAGCUACAUGUUAUGAAGGAGAGGAGCUGAAGAGAGGAACCCACAUCAGACUAUCAAGACAUCCCCUUUGUUUCCCUGUUAUGUGUUUCAGGAAUGGCCCAGUUUGAGGAAGUAUCCCAGAAGUCUGCUGUCCACCCUAUGCCUGUAGGGUUGGUCCUACAGUAUGGUACUGCUGGGUUCCGCACCAACGCUAAGCAGCUAGACCACGUCAUGUUCCGAAUGGGUUUACUGGCCACACUCCGCUCCAAGAAGACUAAGGCCACCAUCGGAGUCAUGGUCACUGCGUCACACAACCCUGAGGUGAACAAAACAUGAAGUGCAUUCACUAGCCUAUUAAUCAUUCACUGUGUCUGUGUUGCUUCAGAGUCUCUCUUUAACUGAUAGUCUCUGGUGUCCUAUUCUGGUGUGCUCUCAGGGCCACUGUGGAUUUUCAGAUAUUAUUAGAGGAAGGUUGUCUAGUAUUGAUUUGGUUUCAGGUAAACUAUUUAUUUUCUGACUUACACAACAUCCCAAUAUUCAUCUUUAUCUCCCUCCCUCACUAUCCAAUAUACUACAACGACCCCUUCCUAUUCCUCUCAUACCCCUUCCUUCCGUCUCUCCACCUCUCCCUUCCCAUCCACUAUAUCACCCCCUCUCCAGGAGGAUAAUGGGGUGAAGCUGGUGGAUCCCAUGGGGGAGAUGGUGACCCCUGCGUGGGAGGGCUAUGCCACCCAGCUGGCCAACGCGGAGCAGGAGGGUCUGCUCACCGCUCUGAAGGAUGUUAUAGAGAGAGAGGCCAUCAGCAUGGCCCAAGAGGCCAGCGUGUUUGUGGGCAAAGACACCAGGUACUGGGAUGUUAUCAUUCUCUAGAAACUAAACUAUAGCCACGAAUAUACCAGGUUAUCAAUAUAACAGGGGGCGAGUUCCUUUUGCGUCACCCGGUGCCCUGGGUGGGUGGAGAUUUCACUUUAGGACCAAUGGAAUGGUCUUAAAUACGUCAACUCUGCCCACAUGGGGCACCGGGUGAUGCAAAUGAAUGCAAACCAUUCUGAUUGGUCCCAGAAACCAAUGGUUUGGGCCAGAACACACGUGGGUAAAGCGGCGUUUAGAAAAUUCAUCAUUGGCUUUGAUACUCUGAUUGGUUAGAGAUGAUCCAAUCGCUGAUUACUUUGCUUUGUACAACAUUUUGACGUAACCACAAACGACUUCAACAAUGGCAGUUUCAGACUGAACUACGUAGCGAACAUAAAGCAGAGGAAGAAUUCAGUUUGAGUCGUCAGGCAACUCCGAUAUCUCCUUAGACGUUUAAUCUGAAUGGUUGUGUUACUUCAGGCCCAGUAGUGAGAGCCUAUCACAGGCAGUGCUGGAUGGAGUCCACGCCCUGGGAGGCCACAGUAAAGGUGCGUUAACUCUUAGGUUACCUUAGCUGUCUAUGAUGUCAUUCUUAUUAGACUACACCUUGGUAUGUGAUUGAUUGUUGGUUAUUUUUCUUGUUUGGAAAUCACUGAUUGGUAACUCGCCCUGUCUAUCAGACUAUGGCUUGGUGACCACACCCCAGCUGCACUACAUGGUAUGCUGUCAGAACACCCAGGGUCGAUAUGGUGAAGCCACUGUCAAAGGUUACUACCGGAAACUCUCCCAGGCUUUCAUCCAGCUCACUAAGAACGUAAGACUACAUCACCUCUCUGUCUGUCUUUAACACUAUAAUAACAUCCAUUAAUAAGCAUGACUAAACUCUUUAUAAAUAAAACAUUUGUAUUCUAACAUUUAUAAUCACGUAGACACAUUUGUAAGCGGUUAUAAGCAUGUAUAUUGUUUUACAAAUCAUGUAUGCACAUUUGCAAGCAGUAAAAAUUGCUUGUUCAUGAAAAAUAAUGUUAUCCAUUCCACCCCUCUCUCCAGGUGCCUAACCGUACAGAUGAUCAGAAGGCCCUGCUGGUGGACGGGGCUAAUGGUAUCGGGGCUCUGAAGGUGUGUGAGAUGGAGACCUACCUGAAGAAUGAGCUGCAGCUGUCCCUCUUCAACGACGGCUCCAGCGGAAAACUCAACCACCUGUGUGGAGCCGACUACGUCAAAGUACAGCAGAGAGCUCCCAAAGGUGCGACUGUAGCCCAUUAGACCUGUCCUUGUCUCUUUUUCUUUCCAUGUGUACAUUUCAAUAGACCACAAAUAGCAUCCUCGCCCAGUUUUCUGUAUUUUAUUUGCACUGCAUCUGUAUUGCUGUGAAAAGAUGGGGUAAGUCAAGUGAAAGCUAAAUGGAGAAUAUCCACUUGCAAAGGGAAAGAAAAAGAAACAAGGAGAGGAAGCUACUUAAUAUUAUUUACGUUAGUCAUUUAGCAGACGCUCUUACCCAGAGCGACUUACAGUAGCGAGUGCAUACAUUUUCAUACUUUUUUUUCAUACUGGUCCCCCGUGGGAAUCGAUCCCACAACCCUGGUGUUGCAAGCACCAUACCAACUGACCUACACAGGACUACUAUUAUUGAGGUAGGACUCACCGCAUGGUGUGUCGAAAUGCACAGUGGUGUUGUAACUGGAAUUUGACUUGUGGGUGUGUCUCAGGCUACAGGUGACUCAUAAACAGACCUGCUAUAUCUCAUUAUGAAAUAAAGGACAGUCAGGAUUGUUAUAUUAUAGUUUCCAUGUUUGACAACCAGAGGGAAGACAUCUCAAUGAGUUACAUUGUAUAAAUACUGUAGGCUACAGCCAGACUCCUGAAGUGGAUGGCUCUGACCCUUCUCGCUCUGACCCUUCUCGCUCUGACCCUUCUCGCUCUGACCCUUCUCGCUCUGACCCUUCUCGCUCUCUCUCUCUAGGUGUGGAGAUGACUGCUGGGGAGCGUUGCUGUUCCUAUGAUGGCGAUGCUGAUCGUAUAGUUUAUUACUACAGCGGCUCUGCCGGGAGAUUCCAUCUGCUAGAUGGAGACAAGAUUGCCACUCUCAUCAGCACCUACCUCAAAGAACUGCUCACACAAGUAUAUGCACACACACAGUCGCUAUACUUACCUAUGAUGCUUUCAUCUCUGGUGGGCAAACUGCAGUAAACAUAAGUGGUACCGUCGAUCUGUCUUUAUACUAUGAGCACCGUUAGCUAACGAGCAGCAAUAGUUCCGGUGCUUGGGUUUGUCAUCACUGGUUAUUUGGACAAAUCACGAUUUCGCAGGUGUAUAGUAUCUUUCGAAAUUCGGAAGGGGAGGUGACAUUCGGCCCCAUAGACUUGCCCAUAACUUGCGAAGACAGAGGGUGGAGCUACUUGUUCCAGUUCUGCUCCUCAUUCUAGCAUCUCUUCAUCUCUUAACAUGUAUGGAAUCAGAACUUUAAUUGAGCAGCUGACCAAUUACGCAAUACUUUAGUUCUGGGUUAACCCAGAUUAAUGAUGCUUAAACACGCCCCUACAUAACACGCACAGACUCAGUACCAUCCUCAUUCAGAAGUGUGCACACACACUGACCUGUGUUCCCCCUGUGUGUGUUUGGUUUAUGCAGGCUGGUCUUGACCUGCAGAUAGCCGUGGUGCAGACAGCGUACGCUAACGGCAGCUCCACACAAUACCUGGAAGAUACCAUGAAGGUGUGGACACACACACACACACACACCUCAGUCUUUCCAACACACACAUGCUAUCAGCGCUGACCUCUCCUCCCUCCUCCCAGGUGAUAGUGAGGUGUACCAAGACAGGAGUGAAACAUCUUCACCAUGCAGCCCAGGAGUUUGACAUUGGUGUUUACUUUGAGGCUAAUGGCCACGGGACAGUGAGUAGGCAACAUACACAUACACACUCACACUGAAAGCACCCAAUCAAUGGCUGCCCGUCUGACUAUGGUUAUGUUGUGUUGCGGUCCUGUCUCAGGUUCUGUUCAGUAAAGCAGCAGAGGAGAAGAUCCAACAGCUAGCCCAGGACUCCAACACCAACGACGAGAGGAAGAGAGCUGCACUCCUACUGCAGAACACGGUCAACCUCAUCAACCAGGUAUGACCGCACAUGGUCAGGUCAACACAGGGUGUCUCUCAAUAUGCAUACUACAGUACCGUGCUCCGUGUACGGAAAUUGGAGCAUGCAUCAGUCAGUCCAAAUCAAUGCACGGCGGGCACUUCUCGGAUGGACAGAAAUAUGACGCCCAUUCACAUCUCAUAUGUUGCCUGCCAUUUUUAUCUCAAUAUCAAAUCAUUUCUGGGUAACAAUUAAGUACCUUAAUGUCAUUGCUUUCGAUGAAAAUGGUCAAAAAGAAACAAAAAUAGCUUCUUAGCUAAGAGCAAAUUCUCAAGCAAGAAUUUUGCUAGGACUGUCUGGGAGUGGUCUGAAUGGGGAGGGGAAAACUGAAAACUAGCUGUUAUAGACGGUUUAGCUGAGAACAUCACAAAAACUAUGCGCGUGCUUCAAUGGGACAGAAGUCUAUGUGUUGUUAUUCUUUAUUUAUUCAAUAAACAUUGGAGAUUAAAUAUAGUUUACAUGUUGUCAACAAUCUAAGCCAACCCUGUCUGUUUUGUCCCAUAGUUGCGCACGCAUCGGUUUAUUGCUAAACAACCAACCCAUCUAUUGGCAGAGAGGUUUGGAACUCCCAUUAUUAUUGGCUUAUUAACUAAUUUACCACCUGGUGAUGUCACCAGGCAGGCCAAAACUCCAUCCCACCAAAACCGUCGUACAGAAUGUGGAUCUAGCGUUCGUCUGCUGAUCGUUAAGCACGCUGUGUCUACCUGCUGUAGACGUCUGACUGCUGACAUUUUUCACACGAUUCUACAUAUAAAAUUGGUGCACACUCAGUUUGUAAAUUACAUUCAGAGGUGCUAAGUACUCUCGGCCAGCAAACGCUAUUGGUCUGUCUCAGCCCUUACACUAAAAGGGCAUUAUCAUCAUCUUCACAAUUUCACAGUAUUAUUCCAACCUCAGUGUGAAAAUCAUGUUUUUGGGCCUUUUAAUAAAUACAUUUUGUGUUAAUUUCAGCAUGUUUACCUGCCUACCAAUACCCAUUGUAGAAUGCGUAGAUCGCAAGCCCAUAGUAAGUCAAUAGGGCUAACUGGCUAGCUAAUACUGUUAGCCAGAAUUGGUAACUAGCUACCAACAGAGAAUUGACAUCUACCUUGCAUAACAUUAGUUUUAAGUCAUUUUUGCCUAUUAAACUAUCUGGUAAGAUAGAUUAUUACUAUUCACAUAUAGCUAGCUGAUAGUUAUGAAGUAAAACGUUUGCUUUGUGUAUAUCUUGUUUUGUCUUUAUUGUUGCCAUUGUCCUGGCUGGAAGAAGGUUCCGACAAUGUGGGAGGGGGAGGUGCAGCGUGAGGUAAUACUGUAGGUUGAAGUGUGAGUGCUUCUCAAAGGUAGUGUUUUUAUGCGAUCUCCACACUCUCGUCCUCACAAGAAUGUACUCAAGAGAACAUCCUCUGAGAAUGCACUAGGCGCAUGAGAGUGUGGAGCACGGUAGUAUGCAUAUUGAGAAACACCCACAGUCAACCUUUUUAGCAAUUCAGGGGACUACACACGGUCAUUGCAAUGAAGGGUCAAAUCCUGUGUGCAUUACUUACAUUUUUUCUCUCUCUCUCUGUAGACAGUAGGAGAUGCUAUUUCUGACAUGCUGCUGAUUGAGGCUGUGUUAGCCAUCAGAGGGAUGACAGUACAACAAUGGGAUGCCAUCUACACAGACCUGCCCAACAGACAGCUCAAAGUCAAGGUGUGUGUUUGUGUGUGCGUGCGUGUGUGUGUGCACUCAGGGAGUUGCAUCGUAUGUUACUAUAAAUGACUGUAUAAUAAAGAAAUCUAGUACAUAUGUUUUAACACCGUUUAUCCCAGUGCCUCACAGUUGCAGUGUUGUGUGGCCUAUAGGUGGCAGACCGGCGGGUGAUUGACACUACAGAUGCAGAGAGGAGAACAGUGAGUCCAGCAGGUCUGCAGGAGGCCAUAGACAGCCUGGUGAAGAAGUACAGACAGGCACGCUCCUUUGUCCGCCCCUCUGGCACGGAGGAUGUGGUCCGAGUGUACGCUGAGGCAGACACACAGGUGGGACUGAGAUGCUGAGACUACAACCUACUUUUAAUAGGACACAUGGAGUGAUAGUGAUCCACUCAAUUCACCUUUUCUUGUUCACUCACUAUGCCUUUUAACUUUCUUUUUCUGUCUCUCACUGUCUGAUGGGGAUAAUGGUGAUGUGUUUCUGUGUGUUACAGGAGAGUGCCGAUGCCCUGGCACAUGAAGUUAGCCUGGCAGUGUACCGCCUCGCAGGAGGAGUAGGAGAGGAGCCCAAACCGUUAUAAACACACACACUAUGCAAUUUUAAGUCUAUUGAAAACUCCUGUCAUCUCCUGAAGAUGACCAUACUUCCUGAACCCAUGAUUGUACGUCCAGUCCAUUUUGUAGCCUUUUUAAUCGGGUGCCAAAGCAUUUAAUACUGUAUUAUUGCUAAUUUUCUAUGAGUCAGAAAAAUGUGAUUGAUUUCAGUCAAUGUGAAGGGAGCAUAUGCUAAACAAGGUUAAAAUUGUAAUCCCAUUUUUUACCCAACCUUAAUCCUCUGUCAAUGUAUUGGUUUGGUCCUAUUCCCAUGUAAUUCUAAAAGUGUUUACAUUACCAGUUAUUAUUGUAGAUCAAUUUAGCAUUUCCGUUCAUAUCUGAGUAACUACACUGCUUUGAACAGAUCUCAACUGGAAAGACUGUGCUGCUAUGUAAUUGUUGAACACCAAGAGUAAAGAUAUGAAAGUGAAACUGACAUCAAA